AACACGAUAAUUUACAAUCUUAAUUUACUUAGCAUAUAUAUCCUAGAUACCAAAGAAAUCAUCAUAUAGCUUAAAAAGAUGGGGCAAGAUGAAGAAACGAUGCGAAAAGGUCCUUGGACCGAACACGAGGAUUUCCAACUGGUAUUUCAUGUUCACAUGUUCGGCGAUCGUCGUUGGGACUUCAUUGCCAACGUUUCAGGAUUGAAAAGAACCGGAAAGAGUUGCAGGCUGAGAUGGGUUAAUUAUCUGAAUCCGGGUCUUAAAAGAGGGAAAUUGGCUCCUCAUGAAGAGCGACUUGUUCUUGAACUUCAUUCUAAAUUUGGCAACAGGUGGUCUAAGAUUGCAAGGAAGUUACCAGGACGAACAGAUAAUGAGAUCAAGAACUACUGGAGGACACAUAUGAGGAAAAAAGCUCAAGAAAAGAAAAGGGUAGCAUCUCGUUCUCCAUCUCCAUCUCUUUCACACUGCUCGUCCUCUUCAUCAGUAUGUACUAGCCAACCUAUCAUCGAUUCCAUGCCAAUGAUAGAGACAAAAGAAAGAAGUUUUUAUGACACCGGGGGAGUUAAAAUGGCCCCGGUUAUGAAAGGAAAGAGCAACUAUAAGAAUGAUAAUCGUAAGACUGAUACUAAUAGUAGGGCUAGCAAUUGUAGUAGUGAUAUACAAGAAGGAUGUUACUCAAUGGACGAAAUAUGGAAGGAUAUAGGUUCACUAGAAGAUGAUGAUGAUAGUAUAAAACCGGUUUUUGACCCUUAUACCGAAAUAGCACCUUCAUUGACGACAUGGGACAAUUACGUGAGCUCUUCAUGGAUGAUGAGUGGCCAAGAUGAGUUGAGUAUGACUACUUUUCCCAUAACAAGCCAGCAAUUUAGUUCAAGAUUAUAACUCACUAAUUUUUUGAUUCCAUUGAUUGAUUUGGUGUCCAUGUAUGCAAUAAUAAUGUACGCUAAGCCAUGCUCUAGCUAGUUAUCUCCCUGCUUAAAUUAGACCCGGCCAGGUCAAGUAUCUCUCAAAAUCUAAUAUGAUAAAAUUAGAUAUGGAUAUGAUUAUUUGGUGAUCAAGAUUUGAUCAUUUUGGCUUUAAGAAAAUAUCUACCUAGCUAGCUAGAUAGAUUAAGGAAGAACGUACAUACAAUAAACUUAAAACUUAAUUUGUGGCAA